GUCGAAUCCUUUAACCAAUGGAAAUCAAUUACUGUUAGCUCCUUCUCAUUCCGUUUUUGUCCUCCGUAGCAACGCAACCCGCUUCACUGCUUCACUUCUCAUUUCAAAUCAACGACCCCGAAAACGCCCCCAACGCUAUCCAGAGUUUCUUGAUGGGUCAAGUCUCAUGCUUGCCCUGUGGUGUUUGUCAAUAUCGAUUUUAGUGCUUGGACGUUGAGCUCUGCGUUGAAUUGCUCGGGUCGGUUCCUUCGAUGGAAUAUGCGGGGGCACUAUGACAUGAAAGUUUCGAUCUUUUAAUGGGUUUCGACUUGCCCUGCGAGCUUUAAGUUCAAUUAGGAUUCCGAAUUUCGGGUUCUUCUGGUUGGUUUAGCAUCUGCCUGAGAUCACUUUUAAGCAUCUGGGCACCUCGAAUUUCUAGGUUUUGAUUGGGAGGUUCUGUGUUUUCGGACACUGGAGAUGCCUUUCAACGGUUGAAAAUGUUUGGCAUUAGGGAAGAAGUGCUGUGGUCAGUUUUAUGACGCGAGAGGUUCCGCCUGCAGGAGUCGAAAGUAGUGGAAUCUUAAUGUGGGAAUGGACAAUAGUUCAAUGCGGUUGGGCCCUAGAGGUCUUGUGAAGAGACAUGAACUUGUAAGAAUUAUAAUACAGUGCCUGUACUCCUUAGGAUAUAGCAGGUCCGCUUCAACUUUGGAAAUAGAAUCUGGGAUAAGAUGCAAAUCAAUGGAGCUUGAGCUGCUCAGCUCGCAGAUACUGAAUGGAAAUUGGGAUGAUUCCAUUAAUACCUUAAAUUCACUUGGCUUCUUAGUUGACGACUUGAGGACCUCGGCUCUGUUUCUGGUAUUCAAGCAAUGCCUCUUGGAGUACUUGAACCGGGGAGAUGAUUCCUUGGCUUUGUCCGUCUUGCGGAAACGGGUUUCCAAGUUAGGUAUCACAAUGGAGAAGGUUCAAAACCUUGCUAGUACUAUUCUCUCUUUUCAGGAGAUCGAACUGGGUGUUAUGAAUGAUAAUGUUGUUCAAGAGUUGCGGAGGCAGUUGCUGAUUGAGUUGGAGAAGUUGCUUCCCCCGCCAAUUGCGCUGCCCGGGGGAAGGUUGGAGCAUCUGAUCGAGACAGCUGUUACAUCCCAAUUCGAUCUCUGCAUGUACCAUAAUUCCCUGGGAGAAGCUUCUCUUUAUGAGGACCACAGCUGUGGUAGAGAUCAGAUGCCAACAGAAACCGUUCAGAUCUUGACUGAACAUAGGAAUGAGGUCUGGGUCGUGCAAUUUUCUCAUAACGGGGAGUACUUGGCCUCUUCAUCGUAUGACUGCACAGCUGUCAUAUGGAAGGUGCGUGAAGAUGGUAAGGUGAUUCCGAUGCACUCCUUACAGAGUCACCAGCGCCCCGUCUCUUUCAUAGCGUGGAGCCCUGAUGACUUGAGGCUCCUCACCUGCGGAAAUGAAGAGGUUGCUAAGCUCUGGGAUGUGGAGGCUGGUGCAUGUGAAUGCACAUUCGGGGACCGCGACUUUGUAGUAGGCUCGUGUGCUUGGUUUCCUGACUCGAAUCGGCUCGUCUGUGGCAGCUCCCACACUGAGAAGGGCAUCUGCAUGUGGGACCGCAAUGGAACUGAGAUUAAGGUGUGGAGGGGCCCGAGGAUGCCCAAGAUACUUGACCUCGCUGUCACAUCAGAUGGUGAGAACCUCAUCUGCGUCCUCUCAGAGAGGGAGAUCCGGGUGCUGAACGUGGUGACAAAUGCUGAGAGGCUCAUAUCGGAGGAGCAUCCAAUCACUUCCCUCUCUCUCUCAGCAGACAACAAGUUCUUUAUAGUCAACCUCAAUAGUCAGGAGAUUCACUUGUGGGACAUUGCAGGGGAUUUUAAGAAGCCGAUCAGAUAUUUCGGGCAUAGACAAAGGAAGUAUGUGAUUCGGUCCUGUUUCGGUGGGUUGAAUAGCGGCUUCAUUGCCAGCGGCAGUGAGGAUUCACGGGUCUACAUAUGGAACCGGCAAAAUACUCGAUUGAUCGAGGUAUUAUCAGGCCACAAGAUGACCGUGAACUGUGUGAGUUGGAACCCAAGGAGGCAUAAAAUGUUGGCAUCGGCAAGCGAUGACCACUCUAUCCGAAUAUGGAUGCCAUCAGCGACCAAGAAGAUGUCAUAAGGAGCCUGACCAAGUAAGAACAUCUGUGUUGACCUCAUUGUACAUAGUGCUUUUAUUCCUUCUCUCUGAUUUAUCUCUUCUUCUCGGAGAAAAAUUUUGCCUUGUGUAAUAUCCAUUUCAUUGCUUGAUUCGUUGCUUGAGAUGUUACCAAACCAAUAAAAAACAGUAUGUUCAAAGGUCAGUUGGAAUAUUGUUUAGCCUUCC